CUCCUCUCUUUACUUUGCCCAGACAACAUGCAGUCAAGCCACUGAAUCUCUUACUAAUAGCCCAGACUGAGUGCCUGUCCACACUUUUCCAUUUCUGUUUUGAGGAAUAUUUAACAACAUCCUUUCAAUUAUUUGCUGUGAGCUCUCUUUGGAUUUUGGAUUUGUCUUUUUUUGGGGCAUGUGUUAUUGGUCCAGUAGGAUAUUUAUAGACGACUCCACAUCACCAGAGCAAACCGGUGUGUUCUACUGGGCUCAUCGACACUUUUUGAAGAUACUGGAGAAAUGGCACAGGUUGAGAAAAAAACAUCAACUAUGUCCGUAACUGUAACAUCAUGCUCCUGUGAAACAACCUCCUUGUCUUCAACAUCAUCUUCCUCUUCUUCAGUGCUUCAGCAAAAACACCCCCAUUUAGUACAGCCUCUCUGCAUCAGUCCACAAUUGGUUCAGAACAAUAACCAGGGUUCAGGAAAUGUGGGAGUUUCUCCAACAUAUGUCAAGUGUCUCCAUGAUGUCAGCACAUUGAAGGGUCAGUUAGUGGUUCUGGAGUGCAGGGUCAGAGGAACUCCUCCACUGCAGAUCUCCUGGUAUAGAGAAGACAAGCAAAUCAUUGACUCUGCAGACUUACGCAUUCUUAGAAAAAAGGCAAGUUCAGCUUUUAUUCCGGAGGAAUUGUGCACCCUAGUGAUCACAGAGGCAUGUCCAGAAGAUUCUGGAAUAUUUAAAUGCAUUGCAUCAAAUCAGUUUGGAACAGUAACAUGCAGUGCCAUGCUGGAAGUAUAUACAGACCUAGAAGAGGUGCUGGGAGAUGAGCAAGACCCCUCCUCUAUACAAUCAGAUGUACUAGUAAAAGAUGACCAUUGCUUAGUACUACAAGAUACAUGUGCCGCUUCUCCAGAAUGGCCUAAAAGUUCAGAGGAAGAAACUGCAACCCCUAUGUCAUGGGUACUGGAGUCUGGCAUUAAAAAGGUUGAGUCUCUCCCAGACACUGACAGCGAACAGAGUUCUGUCAGUAAGGUGGCUGAAGAUACAAACCUCUCCCCAAUGAUCAAACUUGAUUCUCCACCAAAGGGAGUUAAAAACAGUGUUCCACAUCCAUUCCUUCUCACCAGCAAGCUGAAUAAACAAGUAGAAUCCAAGGGCAGUGCCACGAAUGUGGCUGACCUGCCCACCUUUUCACCAUCAUUGUACCCUCCAAGUGCUUUUAAUUAUGAGCGCCCUCGCCAUUUUAUCCAGUCCCUGCCCAGUUUCCACACACAUGACACUGAGACCAGCAAGCCAAAUGAUCUUUGUGUUCCAGCUACAACUCCUGCACCCUUAGUGACCCCUCCUCUUCAUGCACCCACUCAGACAUUAAUGUGUUCCAGCAUGACUUUGAUUCCUAAAGCAAGGAGUACUCCAAACAGUGAGAAUCUAUCACCAGCAGCUUUCCUAUCAUCAGUCCUGCCUUCACCUCCAAGCUGCCAGUCAAAAUGCCUUUCCAUACCUCAAUCACCCAGGCACUCCUCUAGAUCACCCAGCCCAACACAAAAGGUCCAAGAACCACCCCUAUCUCCUUCAAAUCAGUUACGGAAUCUCCCUGCCCGGAUACCUCCAGAUACAUUGAAAACUACAGCUCGAUCUCUGCAGUCUUCACCUGUGCCCCAUAUUACAUAUACAUCCAACAUGUUGCCAAAACCAAUCUUGAAGAAGAAUGUUUCACGACCAGUGUCUCGUGCCACAGAUGAAGACAUUCAGGGCUCUAAAGAUGCUCUUAUGCAAGACCUUGAACAGAAGCUACGAAACAAAGUUCCCCAACAAAGAAACAAUCAGCAGAAGAUUUCUUAUGAGGAACGGAUGGCCAGAAGAUUGCUGGGUGCUGAUAAUGCAGCUUCAGUUUUUCAUCUCGAAAAUUCCUUCAGUUCACAGCCUGCACAGCCAGGGUCUCCAGAAGAUCAGUACCCUGGAGGAAUAUGGUCAAGAAAAAAACGAUCAGGGGGGGACAGUACAGAAGCCUCUACCAUCCAAGAGAAAUGUUUUGCUCCUCGUUUUAUACAAGUGCCUCAAGAUGUUACUGUUGAAGAGGGACGAUUCUGCAGGAUUGAUUUUAAGGUUGUAGGUUUGCCAACCCCAGAUAUAUCUUGGUAUCUGGAUGGGAAACCCAUUCGACCUGAUGACUAUCAUAAGAUGCUGGUGUGUGAGAAAAGUGUCCACUCCUUCAUUAUUGAGAUUGUAACCAUUCAUCAUGCGGGUUUAUAUGAAUGUAUUGCAAAGAACCGUGCUGGACAGAGCCAAUUCUCCCUACAUUUGGAUGUGAUUGCUCAGGAACAAUUAUGUCCUCCUACAUUUGUAGUGAAGAUGAAGAACUCACAUGCAAUGGAGGGUGAUGCUGUUAGGUUAGAAUGUAAAGUGAAUGCAUCUCCAAGCCCUCAGCUAUACUGGAAGAAAGACAAAGAAAUGCUGCGUAUUGACCAUACGAGAAUGAGUCUUUCUCAGGACAGUUCAGGAAAGCAGUGCCUGGUCAUUAACCCAGUGAUGAAGUCUGAUGCUGGCUGGUAUACUGUUUCCGCUAUUAAUGAAGCAGGAAUGUCCACGUGCAAUGCCAGGCUUGACGUAGCCACGCGAUUGAACAAGACAACCCAUCCUGCUAGGCCACUCAAAAACCUUCCCAUCGUAAACCAGUUUUCCACACUGUGCCUUGACCCUCUUGUUCAGCACACUGCCCCUCUUUAUGAAAGUGAAGAACUAUAGACAUUCGCCUGUCAUAAUGUAUGCUGUGAAUGACAUCUUUUAUUAUGCUUUUUGUUAUUGUUGUUCUUGUAUUGUAAGACUGCAAGCAAUCUCUGAUGCCUUUAACUCUUCACAUAUUAACAAGACAAACUCACACAAAGUGAAGCUGCAGGAAAGCUUUCUGUCCUCACCUUCCUUCACAUUUGUUUUCUGUUCCCUACUUUCUAUCCUUUACCCACUCUUACCUUCAUGGUUCACUUUAGAAUGACUAUAUAUAAAUGUGCAAAUGUCCCUUGUUAAUGUACGUGAUUUUAACAGAAGUGUUUUUUAUCAGUAGUCUGAAUUGUGUCUAAAAUUUAUGAGCAUGCGUCACCCAGUGAUUGAAAGUUCAUUGUUUGUGUUUUAUGGUGUUUUAUUACAAAUGUUUUUUAUGGUGGAUUUAUGAGUUCUGUGACCAGUGAUUGACAGUACACCGUCAUUGGCCUUAUGUUACUGUUUUAAAAACCUCUCUGGAACAGUGACAAUUAAGGGGUUAAAAUCACAGGUGGCUUAUUUUAUAAUCUGACGUUCUACCAUAUAUAAUAAUCUGACAUUCUUGAUUAAAUGCCUUGUGUGUAUGUUCUUUUACAGUUUACCUCUGUGUGGCACAGAUUACAAUAAAUAAACAAAUAAUAAAAUUUGUCAAAAAACAACACAAAUGUAAACAGCUUAAAUUUGGGUUUACCCAAAAUUCUGUCAUUCAUUUUCCUUCAGCUUAGUCCCUUUAUUCAUCAGGGGUUUCCACAGCGGAAUGAACCGCUAACUGAUCCAGCAUAUGUUUUACCCUUUCAGCCACAAUCCAGUACUGGGAACCCAAAAUUAAGUAUUCUCAAAAUUGUUUGUAUGCUCAGGGCAGUACUGCGGCGUAGUGGGUUGCCUCACAGCAAGACGGUCACUAUUUCGAGCCCCGGCUGAGUCUGUUGGCAUUUCUGUUUGGAGUUGGUAUGUUCCGGUUUCCCCCACAAGUCCCUAUCCCUAAGCUAAAAUUGGCCAUAGUGUAUGUGUGUGAUCGAGUAUGUAUGGAUGUUUCCCAGUUAUGGUUUGCAGCUGGAAGGGCAUCCACUACGUAAAACAUAUGGUGGAUAAGUUGGCGGUUCAUUCCGCUGUGGCGACCCCAGAUUAAUAAAGACACUAAGCUGAAAAGAAAAUGAAUGAAUUAAUGUUUGUGAACUCAACAAAUUGGUAAAAAGUGUUGAUUUAUUAUCUAAAGCAAGAUUUUGUGCACAUCUAGAUAAUGUGGCUAAAUAGAUAAUGGUUGUCACGUGGAAAACUGCCCAUCGCUGGUCACAGCUAAGGGUUAUUGCACAAAAGCAAGAUAAGGGAAUAAGCUGGGAUUUUCAAGAUAUCCUGACUGAAUUUAGCCCUGACUCGGUUGCAUGAAAGCAGGUAAAAAAUUAAGCUAAAUUAAAGAGAUAUAAUUGGACAUGUUAUCAUUUACUGUUUACAUGUUUCCAACCUUUAUGAGUUUCUUUUUUUCUGAUUAUUUUAACUAAUUUAUUUUGUUAAUUAGAUAAGUGUUCAGUGAACAAUUUUUGAGAUCAGGAUUCCUUUAUUUAUCUUGGUAGAACAGUCUUGGGUGAGCUGACUGGUUAUGCAAAUAUGGCUGCCAAGUGAGUAGACUGUGCCAGGAAGAGAUUUUGGUAAAACACACUCCCUCAUCUCCAUGUAGAAAGAAAAUGGAUAAUUUACUGUAGCGGAAGGGCUGUACAGAAAAAAAACUGGCCUGUGCAAUGAAUUCAUUGUUGCAACAUAGGCUCAUUCUGAAAACGUAGCCCUAUUUACAUUUCUGGAAAUCGCAAAUUAUGUAGCCAGAGGUACGUAUGGUUGCAUUUUGUUUUUAAAAUAAAUGCUACGGGGCAGUAUGAUGCUGUUCCUUUUUGCUCUUGCCAGCUGAUCGCUUACCUCUGUAUGGACGGCUUUUUUGCUGUUACCAGUUUGUCCAGUUUGGCUCGCCGCGUAGAUUGGUGGACUUAAGAUGCAGAGAAGAGUUGACAGCGACAACAGGGGUUUGAGUUCGGCAAAGAAUGGUUCCAGAAAGCAGGUAAGACAGAAGCAAUAGGCCAAAAAUAAAAUAAAGAAGUAAAUACCAGGUUGAGAAUGUGGUAAAAUCUGAAAACAUGGUAAAAAUCAGGCGGACAUGAGGGCUUUUGAAAACACUGGUGGUUGGGGUAAGGGAAGCGGGUAGGCUGAUUAACGGUGUGUUUGAAAACACUAUUAGUUGGGUUUAGGGAAGGAGGAGAGUGAUUAGUCAGUCAGACGACAGCGCCCUCUGAUGGAUUUAUAUGAGACAGGCUGGCAGGAAUGGCACUCGCGGGUGAAGUUUGAAAUCUCAAAACGCGUACACAGUGGCUUCUGGUGGAUUCGCAAAACCAAAAAAUGCAAAAAAAAAAAAAAAGUACCUCCUGGGACUUAUUUGGUACUUUCUAGAAAUGUAUAUGGAAACAUUUUAGGGCUACGUUUUUAGAAAUGCAUUUAUGCACAAUACAGAUUUGCAUGUUCUUAAAACAAUCAUUUAAUAGUGUGAAGUGAAUUUGUUGUUCAUGUUCGUGUCUGUGACAUUAAUUGUGCAUUGCUAUUAUACUUGGUAGUUUAAUGUGUGAUUAAAACUUGUGCAAUGAC